AUGUUUCCUCCUACAUUUUGUCCCACUCCUACCCGCAAAUCGGUCGCCCGUCACAAAAACGACCUCACAGCCGCGGCUGAAAGAGAUGUGUGUGCUUCCUGCGGCACAAUCGUCCAAAAUUCUGGCCUCUAUGAAGUUGAGAAGAAUGAUCCUGUUCUGCAGCCACUAGAAAAUGAUCUCGAUAUUUGUGGCCUGCAUGUGAGCCACUGCAACCUUUGCUCGUCCUGCUACAAUGCCCUUAUCCGAAACACGAUAUCCAAAUAUUCUGCGAAGAACCAAGUUAGUGUGACCCUGUGCCACCGCUAUCUAUAUGCACUUGAGGAUCUAACCCCAGUUGAGGAGUGCCUUAUUGCAAGAUCCCAUCCUCUCGGUGUCAUUCUGAAGCCGAGGCCAGGUGGCCGCUCAUCCUCUGUUAAUUAUCAUACACUUCGAGGUCACUUUAUUGUUAUUCCCCAAGGCCCCGGCCCACUGCUAGAUAUCCUACCAAGUCCACAACUGAGACUGUAUGACCUGAUCAAGGUCUUCCGGAUAGGAAAACAACGCCCCUUGGACACGGACCUGAAGCCAUUCUUAUCUGUGCGGAAGGCCAAGCAAAUAGAUGAUUGGAGCGAUGACUUCAUCCCUAGGGAGCUCCGAGAUAGCAUUGUUUGUCUGGAUGAGUCCGAUCACCAGGGCGCGAAGGGAGGCUACUUUAACGAAGAUAGUGGCUCCUUGAUAACUGGCUCGGUAUCAACCGAUAUCAAUUGCGAGCGCCAGGGCCCCGAUAUGCGCACAUUGGAUACCUUAUUCAAUGCAACAUCCAGCCGCUCACCUCCACAAGGUGAUCAGAGAGGCAGAAUCAGUGUUGAACUCACAGAUCGGUUUGACCGCCAAAGAUCCCCUCAUUAA